ACUACCGAGGCCGCCAUAGUGGGGGCACACAUGGCGGCGUCGCUUGGCAACGGCUUUGAUUAACAGCCCCAAGAGCCAAUCAGCGAAAUAAAAACAGAGAGGCGGAGUGGCAGAGCCAAUGAAAUGCCGAGAUUCGCCGGAAGGGGAGGGACGUGUGGGCGUGUGUACGGAAAGAGGCGGAAGCGCCGCGGAGCCGCCGGGACCGGACCGGGAUCAUCGGGAUCGGGAUUGUCGGGAUUCUCGGGAGCGAGGAGGGGGCCCAGAGCCCUCCAGGCUCAGCCGGGGAUGUUCCACGGCAUCGCGGGCCCGGCCGGGAUGGGCGCGCCCGGGAAUAAACCGGAGCUUUAUGAGGAGGUGAAGCUCUACAAGAACGCCCGGGAAAGGGAGAAGUACGACAACAUGGCCGAGCUCUUUGCGGUGGUGAAGACGCUGCAGGCGCUGGAGAAGGCGUACAUCAAGGAUUGCGUCACCCCCAACGAGUACACGGCGGCGUGCUCGCGCCUCCUGGUGCAGUUCAAGGCCGCGCUCAAGCAGGUGCAGGGCGGCGAGAUCGGCAACAUCGACGACUUCUGCCGCAAAUUCCGGCUGGAUUGCCCCCUGGCCAUGGAGCGGAUCCGCGAGGAUCGACCGAUCACCAUCAAGGACGACAAAGGGAACCUGAACCGCUGCAUCGCCGACAUCGUCUCCCUUUUCAUCACGGUCAUGGACAAACUGCGCCUGGAGAUCCGCGCCAUGGACGAG